AAUCACAUGCCGCGUGCAUUGCGUGCUGCUUCCUUGUCAGCCUUUUGGGGGCCGACGUCUAUGCGAUUGAUUCAACAGGAAUGCCAAAGUUUGGUGAAGAUCUGAAUAAUGUAACGGUGCCAGUUGGCCGAGAAGCUAUAUUUGUAUGCAACGUCGAAGGAUUAGCAACUUACAAGGUUGCUUGGCUGAGAGUGGACACCCAAACUAUAUUGACUAUUCAUAGUCACGUAAUUACAAAAAACCAUCGGAUCGCGGUAACACACAGCGAUCAUCGAAUAUGGUAUCUUCAUAUCCGGGAAGUUAGGGAAGCUGAUAGAGGAUGGUAUAUGUGCCAAAUUAACACCGACCCAAUGAAAAGUCAACAGGGUUACUUGCAAGUGGUUGUACCUCCGGAUAUAUUGGACUACCCGACCAGCACCGACAUGGUAGUGAGGGAAGGAGGUAAUGUCUCAAUGCAGUGUGCUGCUUCCGGAUUUCCUAAGCCCAGUAUUACUUGGAGAAGAGAAGGUGGCCUUUUGAUAUCUUUAAGCCCCAAUACAGAAGUAUCCACAGUGAACGGGCCGUGGUUAAACGUAUCAAAAGUUAAUCGCUUACACAUGGGUGCAUAUUUGUGCAUAGCGUCUAACGGAAUUCCACCGUCAGUUAGCAAACGUAUCAUGCUCAUCACACAAUUCCCUCCCAUGAUAUGGAUACAAAAUCAGCUCGUUGGUGCGCAAGAAGGUCAAUCGGUCACUUUGGAAUGUACGUCCGAAGCGUUUCCCAAAUCAAUCGAUUACUGGACAAAAGAUAAAAUGACCAUCAUAUCAAACGGCACCAAAUACCACACGGACCUUAAGUAUAACGUAUACAAAACGUACAUGAAACUGACGAUAAUAUCGGUAACGUUGUCCGAUUACGGCACGUACCAGUGUGUUUCGAAAAACUCGUUGGGCGACACAGACGGCACUAUUAAGCUUUACGCGGUACCUAAGCCAACGACGACUACGACAACGACAACGACGACCACUGCUGCACCUACAACUACUACGAGCACUACUACCAUGACUAAAGUGGCCACCACGGUGAUCGGUGGCUGGUGGACGACUGAAAUACCUAAAAAAUCGUCGAAAUUCAGCGGAAAAGCUCCCAUCAACGAAGUGGACCGGAGACCAUCGAAAAAGACCGGAAAAUACCAAGACGCCGAGGCGGCCAAUAACAAGAAGGACGAAGGAGACCAACGUCAGAGUUCGCGGGCAGCAGCCGCAGCCGCCGCCGCCGCCGGCGACAACAAUGGGCGGCCGGCUUUGAGCAAAAAGCAUAAAAACGGAUCUACCAGCGUCCAUCCCGCACUAAGUAUGACGGUCGCAGUUUGGAUAAUAAUAAUACAAAGGAUUUUUUCGUUAUGAAUUCAUACACUACACAUAUAGCCGCCGCAACCUGGGCGAAAAGACACGAUGGAGCGGGCGUAUGCGACACCACUGCUGCAGCACGCCACGAUAAUGAAAGAAAACUAAGGGUAAAAAGGCCCUUUUCGUUGUAAAAAUGUAUAUUAAUGUUUUAUACAUAAUAUUAUUACAUUAUGAGAUACUACGUAACGCGUGUAUUCCGUUAUUUUUUUUCUUUAUUAUUAUUAUUGUUAUAUUUUUUUUUUUUUUUU